AUUGGCCUGGGCGGCGCCGCCAAGCUGUCAGCCCAUGUGGCGUGUCCGCGCGGGGACGGCCGCGGUUAAAUAGAGUCGCGCCGGCCUAGAGGGAGCCAGAGAGACGCCGCGGCCCCGACUCGCCCGCUCCGCGCCCCGCGCCCCUGCCCGCGCCCACCAGACAGCAGCCAUGGAGGAGGUGGUCAUCGCCGGCAUGUCCGGGAAGCUGCCCGAGUCGGAAAACCUGCAGGAGUUCUGGGAGAACCUGGUGGGCGGCGUGGACAUGGUGACAGACGAUGACCGGCGCUGGAAGGCCGGACUGUACGGCCUGCCCCGGCGCUCCGGCAAGCUGAAGGAUCUGUCCAAGUUCGACGCGGCCUUCUUUGGGGUCCACCCCAAGCAGGCGCACACCAUGGACCCUCAGCUGCGCAUGCUCCUGGAAGUCACCUACGAGGCUAUACUGGAUUCGGGCAUCAACCCGGCCUCGCUCCGAGGGACACACACGGGCGUCUGGGUGGGUGUGAGUGGCUCCGAGGCCGCCGAGGCACUGAGCCGGGACCCCGAGACCCUCGUGGGCUACAGCAUGGUGGGCUGCCAGCGCGCCAUGAUGGCCAACCGCCUCUCCUUCUUUUUCGACUUCAAAGGGCCCAGUAUCGCCCUGGAUACAGCCUGCUCGUCCAGCCUGCUGGCCCUGCAGAACGCCUACCACGCCAUCCGCAGUGGCGAGUGCCCCGCGGCCAUCGUGGGGGGCAUCAACGUGCUGCUGAAGCCCAACACGUCCGUACAGUUCAUGAAGCUGGGCAUGCUCAGCCCUGAUGGCGCCUGCAAAGCUUUCGACUCCGAGGGGAAUGGUUACUGUCGUGCCGAGGCUGUGGUGGCAGUGCUGCUGACCAAGAAGUCCCUGGCCCCGAGGGUGUACGCCACCAUCCUCAACGCUGGCACCAACACGGAUGGGAACAAGGAACAAGGUGUGACGUUCCCCUCUGGAGAGGUACAGGAAGAGCUCAUGAAGUCCCUGUAUGCGCCAGCCGGGGUGGCCCCUGAGUCCCUAGAGUACAUUGAGGCGCACGGCACAGGCACCAAGGUUGGUGACCCCCAGGAGCUGAAUGGCAUUGUCCGAGCACUGUGUGCCACCCGCAAGGAGCCCCUGCUCAUCGGCUCCACCAAAUCCAACAUGGGCCACCCCGAACCGGCCUCAGGUCUCGCGGCGCUGGUUAAGGUGCUGCUGUCCUUGGAGCACGGUGUAUGGCCUCCCAACCUGCACUUCCAUAGCCCCAACCCCAACAUCCCUGCCCUGCAGGAUGGGCGACUGCAGGUGGUGGACCAGCCCCGGCCCAUCCGCGGGGGCAACGUGGGUAUCAACUCCUUUGGCUUUGGCGGCUCCAACGUCCACGUCAUCCUUCAGCCCAACACGCGGCCCCGCCCGACCCAAGCCCCUCAUGUCGCCCUGCCCCGGCUGGUGCUAGCCAGUGGGCGCACCACGGAGGCUGUGCAGGGCCUGCUCGCCCAGGGCCAGCAGCAUGCCCAGGACCUGGCUUUCGUGAGCAUGCUCAACGCUAUCGCCCCUGCACCCAUCACUGCUAUGCCUUUCCGGGGCUGGGCCAUGCUGGGUGGCCAGGCAGGCAGCAGUGAAGUUCAGCAGGUGGCCUCUGGCGACCGUCCGCUCUGGUUCAUCUGCUCUGGCAUGGGCGCCCAGUGGUGCGGGAUGGGCCGCAGCCUCAUGCGGCUGGACCUCUUCCGGGCCUCCAUCCUGCGCUCGGACGUGGCGGUGAAGCCCCACGGGCUGAAGGUAUCGGAGCUGCUACUGAACUCGGACGAGAGCACCUUUGAUGACAUUGUCCCUGCCUUCGUGUGCCUCACAGCCAUCCAGAUCGCCCUCAUCGACCUGCUCACUGCCAUGGGCCUGACCCCCAACGGCAUCGUGGGCCACUCGCUGGGGGAGGUGGCCUGUGGCUAUGCUGACGGCUGCAUGACCCAGGAGGAGGCUGUUCUGGCCGCCUAUUGGAGGGGCCAGUGCAUUAAGGAGGCGCGCAUCCCGCCAGGCGCCAUGGCCGCUGUGGGCUUGUCCUGGGCUGAGUGCAAAAAGCGCUGUCCUGCCGGCGUGGUGCCCGCUUGCCACAACUCUGAGGACACCGUGACCAUCUCAGGGCCGCAGGCAGCCGUGUCUGGCUUCGUGGAGCAGCUGAAGCAGGAGGGUGUGUUUGCCAAGGAAGUGCGCACAGGAGGGAUGGCUUUCCAUUCGCCCUACAUGGAGUCCAUUGCUCCCACGCUGCUGCAGGCGCUCAAAAAGGUCAUGCAGCACCCACGGCCCCGCUCUGCCCGCUGGCUCAGCACCUCCAUCCCCGAGGCACAGUGGCAGGGCGAGCUGGCGCGCACCUCGUCGGCCGAGUACAAUGUCAACAACCUGGUGAGCCCCGUGCUCUUCCAGGAGGCUCUGCGGCACGUGCCGGCCAAUGCCGUGGUGUUGGAGAUCGCACCGCAUGCCCUUCUGCAGGCCGUCCUGAAGCGGGGCCUGAAGACAGGCUGCACCGUCAUCCCCCUGAUGAAGAAGGACCACAAGGACAACCUCGAGUUUUUCCUCAGCAACGUGGCCAAGCUGCACUUGGCAGGCAUCACCAUCAACCCUGACCAGCUGUUCCCGCCCGUGGAGUUUCCCGCCCCGCGGGGCACACCCCUCAUCUCCCCACACAUUCAGUGGGACCAUAGCCAGACCUGGGACGUGCCGGCCGCUGAGCACUUUCCCAGCGGCUCCGGCUCCUCUUCAGCCGCCAUCUACAACAUCGACGCCAGCCCCGAUUCCCCCGACCACUACCUGGUGGACCACUGCAUCGACGGCCGCGUCCUCUUCCCGGCCACCGGCUACCUGUGUCUGGUGUGGCGGACAUUGGCACGCAGUCUGGGCCAGGACAUGGAGCAGACACCGGUGGUGUUUGAGGACGUCUACCUGCACCAGGCCACCAUCCUGCCCAAGACUGGGGCUGUGGCCCUGGAGGUGCGGCUGCUGGAGGCUUCUCACAACUUCGAGGUGUCUGACGGGGGGACCCUCAUCGUCAGUGGAAAAGUUUUCCAUUGGGAGGACCCCGACCUCAAGCUCUUUGACUGUCUGGGGGACCAGCCCCCUGCAGAAUCCUCCACUGGCUCCUGCCUGACCCAGGGUGACGUGUACAAGGAGCUGCGCCUGCGCGGUUAUGACUACGGCCCCCACUUCCAGGGCGUCCUCAAGGCCAACUUGGAAGGGUCAGCCGGCCAGCUGCUGUGGAAGGACAACUGGGUGACCUUCCUGGACACCAUGCUGCAGGCGUCCAUCCUGAGCAGUUCCCAGCCAGGCCUGCGUGUGCCAACCCGAGUCACGACCAUCCGCAUCCACCCCGGCAUCCACCGCCAGAGGUUGCGCACCCUGCAGGACGGCACACAAGUGGCCGACGUACUGGUCGACAACCGCCUGGACACUACGAUGGCGGGUGGAGCCCUUAUCAUGCACAUGCAUGCCUCGGUUGCCCCGCGGAAGCAAGAGCAGGCUCUGGCGCCCGUCCUGGAGAAGUACCUGUUCACACCGCACAUGGAGGACAACUGCCUGGCCACCAACAUCAGCCUGCAGGAGGAGCUGCAGCGCUGUCGGGGGCUGGCGCGGCAGCUGCAGACCAAGGUUGCCCAGCAGGGCUUGAAGAUGCUGGUGCCGGGACUGGACGGUGCCCAGGUUCCACGGGACCCCCCUCAGCAGGGCCUGGCACAGCUCCUGGCAGCUGCCUGCCAGUUACAGCUUAACGGGAACCUGCAGCUGGAGCUGAGCCAGCUGCUGGCACGGGAGGGGGCCCUGCUGGCCUCCGACCCCCUGCUCAGCGGCCUGCUGGAUGGCCCGGCUUUCAAGGCCUGUGUGGAUACAGCCCUGGAGAACACAAGUGGCCAGAAGAUGAAGGUGGUGGAGGUGCUGGCCAACGAGGGUCGCCUCUACUCCCGCAUCCCGCAGCUGCUGGGCACACAGCCCAUGUUGCAGCUGGACUACACAGCAACUGACCGGCAGGCCCAGGCCCCAGUCUCACAGCACGGGGUGGCCCAGGCCCAGUGGGACCCCAUGAGCCCCGCACCCAGUAGCCUGGGCCCCGCCGACCUCGUGGUGUGCAACUGUGCUGUGUCUAGCCUGGGCGAGCCAGCUGCGGCCCUGGGGCACAUGGCAGCCGCACUCAAGGACGGCGGCUUCCUGCUGCUACACACUCUGCUCCGCGGACACCCGCUGAGCGACACUGUGGCCUUCCUCACCUGUCCUGAGCCCCAGCCAGGCAGCCAGCACCUCCUGAGCCAGGAAGAGUGGGAGAAGCUGCUGGUGGGGGCAUCCCUCCACCUGGUCGCCCGAAAAACUUCCUUCUACGGCGCUGCCCUCUUCCUCUGCCGCCGCCUGGCCCCGACAGACAGCCCCGUGCUCCUACCCGUGGACGAUAGCAGUUUCCGCUGGGUGGACUCACUCAAGGACAUCCUGGCCACUGACUCCGCCCAGCCCGUGUGGCUCACGGCUGGGAGCUGUGGUACGUCGGGAGUCGUGGGCCUGGUGAACUGUCUGCGCAAAGAGCCCGGCGGGCACCGUAUCCGGUGUGUCCUCGUGUCCAACCUCAGCAGCGCGUCCCCCGCGCCUCAGCUGGAGCCGAGCUCUAUGGAGCUGCAGCCGGUGCUACAGGGGGACCUGGUGAUGAAUGUCUUCCGGGACGGGGUCUGGGGUGCCUUCCGCCACUUCCCAUUGGAGCAGGAGCGACCUGAGCAGCCGACAGAACACGCCUUCGUCAACGUCCUCACGCGAGGAGAUCUGUCAUCCAUGCGCUGGGUCUGCUCCCCGCUGCACUACACGCCAGCCACCAGCCCUGGCACUGAGCUCUGCACCAUUUACUAUGCCUCCCUCAACUUCCGGGACAUCAUGCUGGCCACGGGCAAGCUGUCACCUGACGCCAUCCCAGGGAAGUGGGCCAUGCGGGACUGUAUGCUGGGCAUGGAGUUCUCGGGCCGGGACGCCAGCGGUAAACGUGUGAUGGGGCUGGUGGCCGCUGAAGGCCUGGCCACCUCCGUCCAGCUGACCCGGGACUUCUUGUGGGACGUGCCCCCCAGCUGGACCCUAGAAGAGGCAGCGUCGGUGCCCGUGGUCUAUUCCACUGCCUACUACGCACUGGUGGUGCGUGGUCGCAUCCAACCCGGGGAGUCGGUGCUGAUCCAUUCGGGCUCCGGCGGGGUGGGCCAGGCUGCCAUCACCAUUGCCCUCAGCCUGGGCUGUCGUGUUUUUACCACCGUGGGGUCUGCCGAGAAGCGGGCGUAUCUACAGAAACGCUUCCCCCAGCUUUCGGCCAGCAGCUUUGCCAACUCCCGGGACACGAGCUUCGAGCAGCACGUGCUGAGGCACACUGCCGGCAAGGGUGUGGACUUGGUGCUGAACUCGCUGGCGGAGGAGAAGCUGCAGGCCAGUGUGCGGUGUCUGGCACAGCAUGGUCGCUUCCUGGAGAUUGGCAAGUUUGACCUGUCCAACAACAACCCGCUAGGUAUGGCCGUAUUUCUGAAGAACGUCACCUUUCAUGGCAUCCUGCUCGACGCGCUCUUCGACGAGGCCAACGACGUCUGGCAGGAGGUGGCAGCCCUGCUGCGAACUGGGAUCCAGUCCGGCGUGGUACAGCCCCUCAAAUGCACCGUGUUCCCCAAGGACCAGGUGGAGGACGCCUUCCGCUACAUGGCCCAGGGCAAGCACAUCGGCAAAGUGGUGGUGCAGGUGCGUGAGGAUGCCAAGGCCCAGAAUGGAACUAGCCAGGCUCUGCUGACCGCCAUGUCCAAGACCUUCUGCCCCGCACACAAGAGCUACGUGAUAGCCGGGGGCCUGGGUGGCUUCGGCCUGGAGCUGGCCCAGUGGCUAGUGUUGCGAGGGGCCCAGAAGCUGGUUCUGACGUCCCGUUCUGGGAUCCGCACGGGUUACCAGGCCAAGAAGGUGCAUGAGUGGCAGUGUAUGGGCGUCCAAGUGCUUGUGUCUACCCGUGACAUCAGCUCCCUGGUCGGGGCCCGUGCCCUCAUCGCCGAGGCCACCAAGCUUGGACCUGUGGGUGGAGUCUUCAAUCUGGCCAUGGUGCUGCGCGAUGCCAUGCUGGAGAAUCAGACCCCUGAGCUCUUCCAGGAUGUGAACCAGCCCAAGUAUAGUGGCACCGUCAAUCUGGACAGAGUCACCCGCGAGGCUUGUCCAGAGCUCGACUACUUUGUGGCCUUCUCCUCCGUGAGCUGUGGGCGCGGGAACGCCGGCCAGACCAACUACGGCUUUGCCAACUCCACCAUGGAGCGCGUCUGUGAGAAGCGACGCCACGACGGCCUCCCAGGCAUGGCCGUGCAAUGGGGAGCCAUCGGGGACGUGGGCAUCGUGCUGGAGGCCAUGGGCACCAACGACACGGUCAUCGGUGGGACCCUGCCACAGCGCAUUGUGUCCUGCCUGGAGGUGCUGGACACGUUCCUGCAGCAGCCUCACGCCGUGCUUAGCAGCUUCGUGCUGGCUGAGAAGAAUACUGUCGCCCAGGGUGAAGGCGAGGGAAAGCGCGAUCUGGUGAAAGUUGUGGCCCACAUCCUGGGCAUCCGUGACCUGAGCGCCGUGAACCCCGACAGCUCUCUGGCCGACCUGGGCCUGGACUCGCUCAUGGGCGUGGAGGUGCGGCAAACGCUGGAGCGGGAGCACGACCUGGUGUUAUCCAUGCGGGAUGUCCGGCAGCUCACACUUCGCAAGCUGCAGGAACUGACCCAAGCCGGCGGCCAGCAAGAGCCAGCGGCGGCGCCCACGCCCAAGGAGGGCCCGACGCAGCUGGAUGCCGCGCUGAACCUUAGCACGUUGCUGGUGAACCCCGAGGGCCCCACCCUGACGCGCCUCAACUCUGUGCAGAGCUCGGAGCGGCCCCUCUUCUUGGUACAUCCCAUCGAAGGCUCCACCACCGUCUUCCACAACCUGGCUGCCAGGCUCAGUGUCCCCACCUACGGCCUGCAGUGCACCCGGGCCGCCCCCCUGGACAGCAUCCAGAGCCUGGCCGCCUACUACAUCGACUGCAUCCGCCAGGUACAGCCCGAGGGCCCGUACCGCAUCGCUGGCUACUCCUAUGGCGCCUGUGUGGCCUUCGAGAUGUGCUCACAGCUGCAAGCACAGCAGGGCCCUGUGCCUGCGCACAACAGUCUCUUCCUGUUUGACGGUUCACACGCCUACGUGCUGGCCUACACCCAGGGCCACCGGGCGCGGAUGACCUCCGGCCGUGAGGCAGAGGCAGAGGCAGAGGCGCUGUGCUUCUUCGUGCAACAGUUCACUGACGCGGAGCACAGCAAGGUGCUGGAGCUGCUGCUGCCUCUCGCUGACCUGGAGGCCCGCGUGGUGGCCGCCGUGGACCUGAUCACCCGGACACACCCGGCCCUGGACCGCCAGGAGCUAAGCUUUGCCGCCAUCUCCUUCUACCACAAGCUGCGGGCGGCUGAGCAGUACUCGCCCCGCGUCACCUACCACGGCAACGUGACGCUGCUGCGCGCCAAAAUGGGCGGCGCCUAUGGGGACCACUUGGGCGCCGACUACAACCUGUCGCAGGUGUGCGACGGCAAAGUUUCGGUUCACGUCAUCGAGGGCGACCACCGCACGCUGCUGGAGGGCAGCGGCCUCGAGUCCAUCCUCAGCAUCAUCCACAGCUCCCUGGCCGAGCCGCGCGUCAGUGUCCGGGAGGGCUAGUGGCGCCCCUUGCCCUGGUUUAGGCAGAGCCCUCAAACCCGGCCGACCGGAGACCUGUGGGUCUGUGAAGCGUCGGCCGCAGCUCCCGCUGGAACCCUCCUAUUUAUUGCGUCGUCAGGGAGACGCCGGGUCCUCACCGCCCUGUGACAGCCAGAGCCCCUCUCGGCCAGGCCCGCCGGGCCCCCCGGGAGGGCAGGCAGAGGGUGCGGCGUGGCCCCCCCACUCCGUUUCUGUAUCAUUUUUCACGAAACAAGACUCUGAUCGCUGCUCA